GACUGAGUACGAGGCGGACGGCCACACCCUCGACGAGCAAAUCAACCAGAUCCUAGCGCAGAAGACUCGUCUUCGGAGAAAGUACUCUCGUCCGCCUUCGAACAAUGAUAAGCUAUUUUAUUCGGACGUUGUGCAUAAGGAUGUGUGUGGCGGGGAUUGUGUAAGCAGCCCCGAGCAUCUAGUGCGCCGAGCGGAACGGGCCGAGGAGGACGACAACCCCGCGAUCCACUAUGGACUCAUCGCUAGCGCAAACCAGUUGAUGAAGGAUGCGCGGGUUCGUGACACGCUAGCUGCUGAGAGAGGCAUUCUCUGUUUCGAGAUGGAGGCGGCUGGUCUAAUGAACCACUUUCCUUGUCUCGUCAUCCGUGGGAUCUGCGAUUACGCCGACUCACACAAAAACAAGGAAUGGCAAGGGUAUGCGGCGAUGGUGGCGGCAGCGUAUGCGAAAGACCUGCUGCGGAAGAUCUCGCCUAAUCGGGUGGAAGUGGAGCGACGGAUCACAGAUAUCCUCAUGUCUGUGGAAUCUGGUUUGGACCAUCUUCGCCUCAAGGCUGAGACCCACACCGAGCUCCUAGUCGGCAUCCAUCAAAGUGUCCAGGAUCAGAAGCCUAAGAUCACCGAGGACGCAUCUGCCUAUAGUGGAUCUCACUACGUGAUGGGCUUUGCGAGCGACCCGGAGUUUGUCGAGCGGUCUGAGAUCUGGGCAUGGAUGAAAGAAAGUUACACCGGCCUCGCUAGACGCAUGGCACUUUUUGGGAUGGGCGGCUUUGGCAAAUCUCAGCUUGCGAUCCGAUUUGCGUGCUAUGUCCGGGACGAGUUCCCCACGACUAGCAUUUUCUGGGUGCAUGGGGCUACCCGGGACACGUUUGAAGCAUCCUACCGUACUAUCGCUGAGACGCUUCUCCUGCCGCGGCGGACUGAUGCAGAGGUGAAUUUACUUGCGCUGGUGCGCGAUUGGUUACAAAAGGUCGACGGCAACCCCUUUUUGAUGGUCAUCGACAACGCUGACAACGUUGGCAUUUACUCCAGUAAUGCGCCAAAUGAUGAGGGCCUGGCAUCGUAUCUACCGAAGUGCGAUCACGGCAAGGUGCUGAUUACGACACGCAGUAGAAACGCAGCCGAGAAGCUCAUCGGAAACGGCAAGUGGAUCCAGCAGGUACCAGUCAUGAAGCACGAACAGGCGCUCCAGCUCUUGCAGAGGAGGCUCGGAAUCGAAGACGAGAGCGACGCGAGAGACUUGGUCGGGGCACUGGAUCACAUACCGUUAGCUAUCAGCCAGGCUGCGGCGUACAUCCAUUGCCGGAGGCCCCGAGUAACACUUCGGUCAUACCUGGAAGACUUCGGCAAGAGCCAGAAGCGGAAGAAAGGAUUGCUACGCAGCGACAAGGGCGAUCUUGGGCGAUAUGAGGGCGUGUCUAACUCCGUACUGGUCACGUGGGAGGUGACAUUUGACAGGAUCCAGAAGGAUCACCCGCGGGCUGCUAACCUCCUCGCCCUGAUGAGCCAGUUUCAAGCACAAAACAUACCCGAGAGCAUGUUGCACGGGUAUGACGACACAGCCGCUAAUAGCCACAGCGAUCAAGAUGAUGCGGGCGUUAGCGUCAGUGACGAGAGCAGUGAAGGAUCGGAAUUUGAGAACGACCUGGACGUUCUCCGGAGCUACUCCCUUGUUAUGGUCAAAACUGCGGGGUUAUGCGAUAUGCACUCACUGGUUCAGUUCUGCACCCGCUCGUGGAUGGUAGAACGUGGGGGCUUUGCGAAAGUCUUCUUCCUCAUGUUGAGCCUGUGCUAG